AUGCCAUUGUAUUUGACGGGUGCUCGUUCAUCUCGAGUCACGAAACCUCGUCCGCAACGAACGGCGUCUCUACCCUUCAAUUCCGCAAAGCCGGCAACCUCGUUGCAUAGAGCACAUACUGUGGCAAACAUCCUGGAUGGCCAUGUAGGAUUGGAGGAGGAAGGUGCCCUUGCACCCACUGGCAAACUCGCCAGCGUGGUUGACAACAGCACCAGUGAUGUUCUCUCCGCCAUCAAGUAUGCUCGCACUACUAUGUUCGAGCCACUGCCGGACAGGGCUGGCAUGAAUAGUGUUGGCAUCGCUGAGGUUCUCAAUUUCCAGAAAAACCUUCCAGCUGUCGUCUCCUUGGCUCAUAUUCAUGCCUUGCGAUCAAUAUCAAGCAAGACUGAAAGAGACAUUCAAUACCUGCUUGCGCACAAUGAAGUUCGCAGACUUCAACUUGUUGGUCGCGGCAAUGAAGUGAGUGGUCUCAAGGAGCUCCUUAUUGCAACUCGGGAUUAUGAAGGUAUUGUUCGUGCAUCAGGCCUGCCUGACGAUGUCGUGUCUUCGUUCAUCGCUGCAUUGCAAGCCAAUCCGAGAGUCCAUGCACUUCCGAAUUCGUUUUUGACUAGGUUGCAUAUUGAGCUUCUGUUCCGUGCUGGCUUUCUGGUCGCUCCUUCACUUCAGAGCUCUCGUAAUGUGGAGGCGGGUUUUGGUCGACCUGCUGCUGCUGCUCCUAUCCUCUCAAGGUCUACUUCCUGUCCUCAAGCCGUCUCAUUUGAUUCCAGUGUAACUUUUGAGUCGCUAGGUGGUGUGGGCAGCGCUCGUCGAUCGAAAACCACUACCGCUACCAUGGCAGAGAAUCGAUUUGUCCUAUCUGUGCCAGGACUUUCAUCAUACCUGCAGCUUGUCGAUGCCUCACGAAAUCAUUUUCUUGACCUAUUACGGCAAUUCUCCAGACAUAGACAGGCCCCCGUGUACCUGUUGAGAGAAAGAUGGAAUGGCAAUAUCGAUGACAAUGCCAACCAGAUCUCGGUGGCAAAGCGCAUUCGAGGGGAGUUCUCAAAUGUCCUGCCUGCGAAGACCAAGAAAUGGAAGUCCUUCCGAGGCUUAUCGUUUGACUGGGUGUUGGCAGAGUGUCUUGGGGCCGGUUUGAUAGAGCUUUUCGAAACUCACAGUGUUGGCUUGGGUGUUAGAGCUCUUGUGUAG